CAUAUGUAUAGGAUACAUUUUAUUAAAGUAGUCAUUGACACUGUGAACACGAUGAGAAAAUGGCUGGCAUAUUUUUUUAGUGAAGAUAUUCUGGAACUAUAUUUAUUGCUGUAUUUAAGAGGUUGAUUUGUUUUAGACAAUGCACUGAAAGCAUUAUAAUUUAAAUAUCAAAAGAGGACUUACAUUCAAAGCAGAUCAUAUAUUUUCAGAGCAUGGACGAGUUUCGCAAGGUAUUUAAAAUGAGUGACGUUGACAGAGCUGAAGAAGAAAACCAUCAAAAGAAAAGGAAAAUCGAUAGUGAUGGCUUUGUUUGUCCAACAACCCCAGAUAUCCCGAAGACAAGUCACCUGAGAAAGACCAAAGACAGUGAUGAAGCCACCUAUAAUAUAGACUCUAAUGACUCCCAGUAUGAUGACAUUUACGAAGGUGAUUAUCAACAGGAAGAGGGUCCAACGGUUUCAGGCUACUUUCAGUCUCAUUCAGAAGACAGCAAACAUUCUGAAAUCUUACCAACAAACCAAGGUGCGGCAUUGCAGGAAAGCUCAGCUGCUAUCCCUGGAAAUAUGCAGACUCUCUUGGCAGAGUUUACAACAGAGACGUCAUCUUUUUUUGAAAGUUGGAGUGCAGCAUUUAGUAACAGUGAAGUGUAUGAGAGUGAAUGUCCAAACAAACUUGAUGAGUUGAUUGAAAAGGCGAAGAGUCUGGAGCAGUCCUUGAACAAACAGAAAAAUUCUCUCUGUCAGCGACUUAAAGGAAUUGGCCAGACUUUACAACUAGACUGAGUGUCAAAAUGUUGUUUUUUGCUUCCAAGUGAAUACAUUUUACGAUUUGAGUUGUGGUGAAAACUUAAGGUCAUAGUAUAAAAAUUGAAAUUAACCAAAUAAUUUAUAUUAAAUAUACUAUUUAGUUUUUCAUAUAAUACAUAAUAUAAUCAAUUUUGUUUUCAGUAAUUAUACUUUUAGAUUGUUGUUUCUCAUUCUGUUCCAUACAAAACAACGGUCUUUUUAUUCACUUGUAUUGUGUCCUCAAAAGUAUGCCUUUAUAAAAAGAUUUAAUAGUUUAACAGAUGUUUAUCUAAAUUGAUUAGACUGAUUCAUAUUUAAAUACCAUGAGCGAAUCGGUAAAAUUUUGUAAAUGAAUGUCGAGCUUUAUUUGCAACAUAAAAACCACAAAGAUAAACCCAUCAAAAUAAAUUAUGAAAAAAUAUUGGGCGUCUAACAACGAUAUAAAACAAUGGAAUUACAUGACACACCCUAUGAUUUAUUUUACUACACGUCUCUAGCCGUCGAUACAGUGAAUACACGAAGCAUUGUUGCACUAGUUAAGUCAUAAGUGUGCUGUCAUAAAAACCACAAUCGUGGUCGUUGCUCAGAAACCGGUCAUGAUUAUGAAAUGCGCGAGUACAUUCAAGUAUAUUUUAAAAUGAAUCACUGACACACUUCAAACAUUUUUUUAGUAGUCUUCAUGCUUCAUCCUGGGUCAUACUUUUCAUUUCGUCUCUAACGAGUUUUAUGUCUUCCCCAUGCAUGGGGAGUUAUAUCGGUUUGCCCUUUCCAACCGUCAGUCCGUACGUCAUUCUUUGUUUCCGUUCAAUGACUAUAGAACGCUUGGACACAGGAACUUAAAACUUCAUACUAGGUAUGAAGGUUCGUCCUGACCAGUAGAUGACCCUUAUUGGUUUUGUUAUCAGUAGAUAGAAGAUUAAGGUCGCGGUGACCUUGAGGUAAAAAAACGGUUUCCACCCAAUAACGUAAGAACGCUUGAUCCCAGGAACGACAAGUUGGUCAUGGUUAGUAGAUUGUUUUAAAGUCAGAACACGACACUUAUUGAUUUUUUAAUCAGUAGGUCAAAUGUCAGGGUAGCGGUGACCUUGCGGGAAAAACAAGUUCAUUUUCAAUUAUUGAAUAUCCUUUAGGCCCAGGAACUCCAUACUUGGUAUGCUAGUAUUACAUGACUAGUAUAUAACCCUAUUAAUUUUGUGAUCAGUAUGUCAAAGGUAGUCGUAAUAAAGUGUGCGAGUAAAAUGAAGUUGUAAUAUUUGUGUGUUUUUUUUUAAAUAUCCAUACCCGAUAUCGGGAAACAAACCUUUAUUCUGAACGAGCUGAGUAACUGGUAUCAUGUUUUUUGGCGUCCACAGAAUAUUGCUGUUGUUUUUACAAAAUAGAAAUCGUUAGAAUAAAUAUAGGAACUGAUACCAGUUGUAUUACAUCACAAACCUGUGAAAAAUGUUAGCACUUCACACAGCAUUUCUGAAACAUGGUCUGUACAUGGUAGUGUCGUACGUUACAAUACGGAUCAUUGUAUUUGGACUUUUCAUUCUCUAAUAAAUAGAAGAGUUCUCUAUAAAUUAAUAGUAAUUAUGACUAUGAAUCAAAUGUCAUCAUUUUGUUCAAACAGAUCAAUUCCUUUGAUUUGUGCGUAUUUAAUUAUA